AUGUCUCCGCUGUGUAGCAGCUGGAGUCGAGUGUGCGGCAAUCAACCGCCAGACGUCGAGCGAAAUCCCACGAAGUAUCUUGAACAGCGUCUAGCGGAGCUCCAGCAUGGAAACGCCAAACAACACCUCGGACUUAGCAGCCCUAAUCCCAAACACGAAGAAAUGCUGGAUAUUGUAGCAACAUCCAUCACCGACCACCUCACCACGAAUCUCUUUUACUCCCAACCAGUGUUACAGCACCGCGCAAAACUCUUCUACCCCUCAGAGAGACCCCCACUCAAAAUCCCCAUCCAGGGCGUCUAUUAUGAUGCCCACCCAAGAUCUGCCGGACAGGAGUACGCAACCCAAUUCUCGCACUUUAAUGCUGGGAAAAUGCCCCUCGACGUGGCAAGACGCCUGUUCGAAAACUACAAGGAUAAUAUCCUGCCACGGUUCCCUUGCUUCGUUGAAGCUGAUCUUACCGAUAAAUUUAGCCAAUUCUACCAUGGCUUUGCUGACGAUCAAACACGAUCAAAUACUACCCACUUCGUGAUUACUGUCAUUUUGGCUAUUAGCUCUCUGUCUUCCAAACGCCAUGACUUUCGAAAAGUUGCCGCAUUAACCGAAUCGUUACACGCUGACGCAAUGCGACAUAUGGGUUUCCUCAGCGACGCAUCAAUCACGUCCCUGCAGUGCCUCCUCCUCCUCAUCCAGCUAGCCUUGCUGUUUCCACAUACCGGGAAUCUGUGGUAUUUGAGCGGCGAAGCCAUGCGUAUGGCCGUUGGCCUUGGACUUCACCAAGAGCCAGAUUCGACCAUAGUUUCAAGCUCUAUUCACGUUGAGUUACGCAGGCGUAUUUUCUGGGUGACUUAUCAACUAGACCGAACUGUUGCAAUCGCCGCGGGGUGCCCUAUCGCGCUCGCUGAUGAGCAUAUUACGACACAGCUGCCUUUCAAUGGCGGUCGUGCGAGUGCUCGUCUGGACAGACCUAUUCCCGGAAUGUCCCAUGCACACAAGGAGAAGCAGUUCUUGAUUCAAACGCAAAUGUGCUUGGUUCAGUCUCAAAUCCACGCGGUUCAAUUCUUCGACCAUCCUAUACCGGACCACAUCUCUGACUAUGAGUCAUGGAUUCAGCAAACAGAAGAGGCUGUCCUGAACCUGGUCCAGCAUGUCAAAGCGGACGGCGUUGCCACAACAUGGCUUGUAUCUGCAGCUCACCAAUGCCAGGUUUUACUUCACCGGCCCUGCUCUAGAAAUAUUGCAGUGUCAGAGUCAUCGCUCACAGCAGCAGUAUCCGCGUCCAUCCAGCUCAUAAAUACAUCAUUAGAGUCUGCCAUAGCCGGCGGCUUUGUGAUUGUCUUUGAGCUAGCCAAUAGCGCCUUUCAAGCGGGAAUGGUUUUGUUGUAUGCGUUGAGAAACCAUGCCAACGAAGUACAACAAGCAUCUCUUGCCAGCGAUUCUCAAAAUGCCCUAGAUGGGCUAGUGCAACUUUUUGCUACGCUGUCUAGAAGGUGGCCCGCGCUGUCUGACACAGCCCACUACAUCAAAGAGCUCGUGGAAACGAACCUUCGAAAUCCCAUAGGGAAUCAUGGAUCUGAAUAUGACAUGAAUGUGCUCGAGGAACUGGAUUGCUUGGUUACUCAGCGUCGGAUCCACAGCAUAUAUCAUCGAAACAUACUCCUCCUAGACCCAAACGGUACUCCCAGGUCUGAAGCAUCAGCUCAGAUCAGUCCCGGAUUUCUCAACGAUGAAACUUGGUGGCGCGACUUUAUCAAUGAGGAUUUCGACAUGGACGAUCAUGGCGCCGAUGCCGAUGGAACAAGACUUGUCACCUCCUAG